UAACACCCCACCCUCCUUGGGCUCCUCCUCCAUACUCUGAGGAAGUCGCCAGUCACUCUGCUGCUGCUCCAGUGUGCAUUAGGUGUCCGGAGAAGCGACAACAUGGCGUCUGUGUGUUCUCAGGAGGACGAGUCCUUUACUUGCCCAGUCUGUCUGGAGCUGUUGAAGGAUCCAGUGGCGAUUCCCUGUGGACAUAAUUUCUGUAUGAGGUGCAUUAAUGGCUGCUGGGAUCAGGAGGACUGGAAAAGAAAAUAUAGCUGUGCCCUCUGUGCAAGCACAAUUUCCCUUCUAGACCAGUCUUGCACAGAAACCCACUGAUUACUGAAAUGGUGGAUAAGUUCAAUAGCACCCGUCUCCAAGCUUCUGUGGAUUGUGAUGUUUGCCCCAGGAGGAAACUCAAAGCUGUCAAGUCCUGUCUGGAUUGCCUCAAGUCAUACUGUGAAAUGCAUUUAAAGUCUCACAAUGAACAUGUUAAAAGACCUCACACCAUGAUUGAUCCCACAGCCCAGCUACAAGAGAGGAUUUGCCCUCUUCAUAACAGGGUUUUGGACAUAGUCUGUCGCACCGACCAAAGUUGCAUCUGCUAUCUUUGCAUGAUUGAAGAUCAUAAAGGCCAUGACACAGUCAUAGCUGCAGCAGAGUGGAGCCUUAAAAAGGAGGGGUUGGCGCAGAAACAACACAGAUACCAUCAGAUAAUCCAGUUGAAGGAGAAGGAGCUACUGGACCUGAGGAAGGCUGUGGAGACUCUCAAGACGGCAGAAGAGGACAGUGACAGGUUGCUUGCUGAGAUAGAGCAGGAGAUUGCUGAGCUGAACAGGACAGAUGCUGAGAUGAAACGGCUUGCAAUGACUCAUUCACUCAAUCUAUUUCCUUAAGAACAUUGUGUCCAUUCCAGAUGACGCAUACAACGCUGUGUGGACCAGAAAAACCUUCAGAUUCUUUCAACCUAUGCAGAAAUCUGUCUCUGCACUGAACAGACAGCUGGAGGAGAAAUUAGAUUUGAUUGUCAAGCAGGAAGAAGAUCAUGAUCUCCCAGUCAGAAAAGCAGAUAGUAAGGAUUGGCUGCCACCAAAGAGUAAGUAAUUACUGAGGACCUCAUACAGCUUGUAGCAUUGAGAUUUGUAGUACCACUUUAACAUGAUUAUUAAGCUCAGUGCUCAUCAGAAACCUUAACUCAGGUGUUAUACCACACACGCAUUGUACCCUGGGGUCAUUUCACGUGAAAUCAGACACUUUGGGACCCGAUCGACACAGAUUUCAAUCAUACUUGCUGUGCCUGUUUAGUAACAAGGUAGCACCCCAGAGCUGCAUUUGUGUGAGUCUGACACCAAUAUUAAGGGAGAAACAGACUAGGAAAGGUUUACAUAUGAGGGUAGGACACAAUACAUUCAGCAUUGAUUAUAUCAGUCAGUGUAAGUCACAAAGAGCAUGGAAUACAACUCUCAGAAUAUGAAUUAUGAUAAAUUGAAAAAUUAACAAUUGAAUAUCAAAAAACGUAUGUUUUAAAAUGGCCAGUUCCUUGUCUAAACGUAGCCUGCAAUGUCAUGAACGACACCUGAAAUGCUGGUGUUUGGUUCUUUAUUCAUUUCAAAGAUAAUGGGACUCAAAAAUAUGGCAUCAUACAGAUCACCUAGUAAUAAUAUGGCAAUCCCAUAGUAAUUUCACACGACAGCAUGUCUAUCGGAAUAUGUGAAGGAUGGAGAUGGUCCAUGAGGAUGCAGGAAGUUCAGUUUCACCUCUCCAGUGCUCGGCAUACAUUCCUAAACACAUGCUAGCCACUAGUUGACAUCGGUUGCGAGACGAUUCGUCUAAUGAAUUGUUGAGAGGGGACCAUUCGAACAAAACGUGGGACCAUUCGUAGAAGGCAUGGGGCGUUUCGUGCAGUACCUGAGGAUUUUUCGUAGAAGACCUAAGGACGUUACGUUCAACCCAUGCAGACCUUUCGUGUAACUGGGCAGACGUUUAGUUUAGUCUGCCUAUUUUAUUUUUAUAUUUUAUCAAACUUGUGUGCCUACCACCACAAUGCAAUGAAAACAAAAAUCGAACCAUGUAGAAAGUGCGUGUCUCUUUUUUUAAAAAUUAAUUUUUCAUUUUAGUUCAGGCUGCUUUUUUACCAUUAGGCCUAUUUUAUAGCCUAUUUUAUAAAUAUACUAUAUUGUAACGGACUGCCUCUGCGUCCUCCGGAGUGAGAUAGCAGUGUUACCCCCUGUGCACUACAUGUGCUGUCUAUAAAAUGGGGUUAAUUUCAAAUGGCGGGUGAGACUGUUAGGAAAAAAACAAGCCGAGAGAGCAAGAGAGAGGGAACCAUGAAGUGUGCGCCGAGAAGAUCAGCAUUCGCAAGAAUGCUAAGUCAGACAUUGAUGUGAGCUGUUCCAAAUUGAGAGGGUUUUGCAAAAGUGCACUAGGCUACUAAACAUAAGAAAAGACAUUUGUUCUGUUGAUAUGAGUUAUUUCUAAUGUGUUGGUCACUGAUUUUUAUUCAUUUUUGGAAAGGUAACGGCAGUCUUGCUGCCUGGCUGGCGCCCAUCUCAUAACUUAAAACUACAGUCGUUUGCACCGCUACAAUAUCGACGAAAUGUUUUAAAAUGUACAACAUCAAUUUAAAGGUAGACCUAAGGGAUAAUGUAUUGUCCACACCAGUGACGUGCAGUCAACUUUAUGGCUGGUGAGGCACUGACUUUUCCAAUAUCAGAUUUUCAAAUAUAUAAUACUACAGCUACAGUUUUAGUAAAUUUAUCAAAUAGGCCUACCGAUAAGUUUCAUAUGCCAUAGCUUUCUUAACAUAAGUUAGGCCUACAUAAUAAAACAUGCUGCAUUUCCGUAGAGUAAAUGCUAUUAUAGC